ACCAUAUUCCUGCUCGGACCACUCCCCAUCGCCCCACACCCUCACUGACCAUGGCUCAGCCCAAGGUCGUCGAAGGCGAGGCUGACUUCGUCGUUCCAGCCGCUGGAAAACCAUGCAAGACUUGGUACAAAGUUUAUGGGGAGCUUCACGGCUCCGUAUGCCCCCUCGUCGCACUGCAUGGGGGGCCGGGAGUCAACCACGAGUAUCUCACAAUCUUCUCCGACCUCACCAUAACCCACUCCAUUCCACUCGUCGUCUAUGAUCAGAUUGGCACCGGUUUCUCUACUCACCUUCCCGAGAAGAUGGGAGAUAUCACUUUCUGGACCGACCAACUCUUCCUCGACGAGCUAGACAAUUUACUCUCCCAUCUAGGCAUCCAGGACAACUAUGACAUUUUAGGGCAUUCGUGGGGAGGGAUGCUGGGUUCACGCCACGCUGUCCUCCAGCCUAAAGGCCUUCGUCGCCUCGUGUUGGCAAGCACGCCGUCCGACAUGAAGUUGUGGAUCGAGUCACAGAACCUACUCCGUUCGCAGCUCCCACAAGACAUACAAGAUGUGCUCGAUAAGCACGAGGCGGACGGCACUACGCAAAGCGAGGAGUAUCAGGCUGCAGUGGGAGAGUUUUAUGCACGUCAUUUGUGUAUUUUGAAGCCGAUGCCAGAUGAAAUUUUAGCUGGGUUCGCGUGGAUUCAGAAGGACCCGACCGUCUAUCUCACCAUGAACGGACCAUCCGAAUUCUACAUCACCGGUCCCCUCAAGGACUGGACGGUAACGGCUGACGCUCACAAGAUCACCGUGCCGACGCUCGUAACGAAUGGACAAUACGACGAAGCACAAGAUAGUGUCGUCACCCCUUUCGUGCAGGAGAUCCCUAAUGUGAAGUGGGUGAAGUUUUCAGAGUCGAGCCAUAUGUCUCAUUUUGAGGAGAGGGAGAAAUACAUGGCCGAGGUGGGAAAAUUUCUGGUGGAAGGAUAAAUGGGUAGCUUCAGGUUGUUUUGUUGUUGUGAAGACAGCCGGUUUCCGUGGUUGUAGCGCGGAUCUCGGGCUCGAUUUUUUGUUGUUUCAUACCAGUCCGGAGUCUCUCUGGUAAAAUUCCGAAUGUAUUGUAUUGCUGUGGAUUGAACGGGGAGGAUCAGAAUGGAUCUUUCGAAGAGCGCC